AGUCAACGAGUUACACGGCUUGAUCUCAGAUCACCGAAUCACAGCAUGGAUGACAGGAGCGUGCUUGAUUUACAGCCGUCAGGGAACAUGACCAGCUUCGCCAUGGGUUCUCCUGGACCAGCAACCCUUAAAGGCUGUCAGGACAUCAUGAUUCGAUCAACAACGCUGGCAUUGAAGGACCCAAAGCAUGAGACAAAUAUUUUCCAAUAUGGACCAGUACAGGGAGACCCCACUUUUAGACAAGAACUUGCAGCUUUCUUAUCAAAAGAAUAUGGUGACAAAGUUGAAAGCGAGAGCCUACUUGUGACAGCUGGGGCUACCAACGGGCUCCAUCUGACAGUUUCAACGCUAUUUGGACAUGAUGUACCAAUCUUUGUGGAGGAUCCAACGUUUUUCCUAGCCUUCAAAAUUUUGAAGAAUGAUUUAGGCAAAACUAUCAUACCAGCGCCGACCAAUGAGGAUGGUUUAGAUUUAAUUCAACUUGAGGAAGUAUUCAAAGAAAACAGGAAAAGAGCUGGAGACAAGACGACAUGGAAAUGUCCGUUCUGGACUAUGCUAUAUACUAUGACGGUGUUCAAAAAUCCAACGGGAAUGAGCUCCUCCCAAGAGCAAUGUAGGGCGCUGAUAGACCUGGCUAGGAAAUAUGACGUACUACUUUUCACUGACGAUGUAUAUAACAUGUUUCCCUAUGGUAAGGGCUCGUAUCCUCCACGUCUACUCACUUAUGACAAAAGUGAAACCCCUCAAUACACAGGUUGUGUCCUUUCAAACGGAACGUUUUCAAAGAUUUUCGCCCCUGGAAUCCGGCUAGGCUGGAUAGAGGGCCACAAACCUCUUGUCAAUAUGUUGGCUUCUUGUUUCAGCUUCCAGUCGAUUACCGCCGGUAGUUUUAACCAUUACACAUCAUUAGUGAUGUCUGCCGCCAUCCAGCUGGACCUCCUGUCAACACACCUUAACCACAUCCGGGGUAUUUACAAGACAAGGAUGGGGCUGAUGUGUGACGCUCUACAAAAGUAUCUCCCCAACGGCUGUACUUUCAAACGUCCCGAGGGCGGAUUCUUUGUCUGGGUAACCAUGCCCAAGGAAGUGGAUGCAAGCAUUUUGCAGGCCUCAGCUAACAAAAAAUACCACGUAGAUUUUGUAGAUGGAGAGAAGACGUCGGUGACACGUGGCUAUAAAAACAGUAUCCGUCUGUCUAUAAGUUACAAUGAUACACACCAGAUCGAGCAAGGCGUUCAAAACCUCGCGAAAGCAAUACAAACUUACAUGAAUUCCCUGAAGGAGGCGACCCUAUUACCAUGAAAUUUGGAUAAAUAAGUUAUGCACGUGUAUCAUUAUGAACCUAAUAUUCGAUACCGACCUUACAUUGUAUGUCUCCCAUGACUCGUUACUGUAAACGUUCAUAUUUAAGCGGUUAUUUUAAUAUAGCGGUAAUCAUACUUUAGCAGUAAUCAUACUUUAGCAGUAAUUUUAUUUUAGCGAUAAUGAUACUUUAGCAGUAAUCUUAUUUUAGCGGUAAUCUUAUUUUAGCAGUAAUCUUAUUUUAGCGGUAAUAAUAUUACAGCGAUAAUUUUACUUCGGUGGUAAUUUAUUUUAGCGGUAAUUGUGUUUCAACAGUAAUUUAUUUAACGGCAAUAUUAUUUUAGCGGUUAUUUUAAUUUAUCGGUAAUUUAUUUUAGCGGUUAUUUUGUUUUCACAUUAAUUUAUUUUAACGGUAGUCUUAUUUCAGCGGUUAUUUUAAUUUAGCGGUAAUCUUACAAUAGCGGUAAACUUAUUUCCGCGCUGUUAACAAUCUGUUAAAUUAUGAGUUCGCUGAUUGGAAUUAAAAAAACGCAAUGUUAAUUGGUGUAAAGUCGGCUAUGUGCUUAAAUGGGUAUGUUUACAGUAUACAUGUAAUGGGUUUGGCUUAUUUACUCUAGACAUCGACGAAAACGACAAAACACAGCGGAACGGUACAUUGACCUUACUUUUACAUGUAAUAUAUCAGUAUUCAGUAUUCAAUUAUCCUAGAAUAAUUAUAAAAAUUAUGUAAAGCCAGUUACAUGGAACUCGGGAUCAUUUUAUCGAUUUAUGUCUUUAUAAUGCUUAGAUUGAGAUGUAGAAGCAGACUACAUGUAGUUUUAUCAGGUCACGCGUCAUCAACAACAUAAUGCUUUUCAAUACAACAACAUUAUCAGAAUUAAGUGAGAAGUUUUGAGGAACUUUCCUUCUAUUCUGUUACACCUUACCAUGGAAAUAAUAAAUUAAAGACUUUUUAUCUGAUAUAAACAUAUGUAUUGUUAAACAUCUAACCAUGAUAAGGCACAAGCUAUAACAACUUAUCUUCGCCUUUUUCCAAUAAACAUAAAUAUAUAGAAGAUUAGUGACACAAUGAAAACAUGCAUAUUUGUAAAUUGAUUAAUUUGUGUUACUGUCAAAAUAUGUUGCUGAUUUAAUAAACGUUUGCUUAUAUCUAAAGACAUUUUAAUUCAGGUCCACGGCAAGAUGCGGAUUUCCAAACAAAAUUGAAUUCAACAUUUAAAGUUAUGAAAUUUCUUUAAGUUAGGGAAUGUUGAUUUUAAUAGCUUUCAAUGUCAUACCAUUGGCCGAGAAUAUGUUGUAAAGUCCCACUAAUGGUUUUAUCGUACCGGCGUAGGACGUUGAACGUCAUAUAUAUAGGCCUUGCCUGAUGCCAAAUCCCGUUGCUUAGUUACAUUGUUUGGUGUUUUUAAUGAAUUCCACUGAUUGGGAAAAAUCCACACAAGUCAAUAACUCCGCUAAAUAUGAAUUUAUCAGUAGAAACAAUACGCGUCAAACAGUGAACAUAAAACUGCAAAAUAUAUAGAAGUUUCGACCUUCAGGAUUCGUCAGCGAUGACAGGGCGGAAUGGUUAUAACGAACGAAUUUUAAGGAGAUUACAAUGGGCCUUACUAUCAAACAACAGUAGGGGAGGUGUACUAGCUAUAUGAUUUGAUAAAUUUGGUAAAUUUUGAACAUUGGGUAUUUUUUAAAUGGUGUCACUAUUAAUUAGAAUAAGACGUAGCUUGCAGGGUAACGGCACAGGGGCUUGUUACGAUUUCCCCAACCGCGAUCAAUAUAUACAUGUAGUAUAGUCGUGAAGUCCCUGUGGGUAACGAAAAACUUCAAGGAUAUAACUACACAGUUUUAGACUACUGGUGUUCUGGUAGAUUCUAGUUUAGGAGUGGGACGCAUGGCAAGUUGUUAGUGGCGUUAGUUAGUCCUACAGAAUUGAACUGUAUGGUUAUAAGCUACUAAGUACAUUAUACUAGUGGAACUGUGCUCCAGCUCUGGAAGUAGGAACAGCUGUACGGUGAAAUUUUAUAUUCAUUAUUCGAAACAUACAUAUUGAUUGCUGAACUCAUAUCUAAAUAUAAUAUUUCACUUUAGUGUUGUUGUUUUUUUUGUAAUUAAUUAACAAACAUUUCUUGACGCUCUUUGCCAGCCACCGUACCACUGAAUGGUAUGUAGAUGCUGUGAAUAUUAUGUCAUUUGUUAGGAGAGAACAUGUCUUUAAUACAUGGUUAUACCAUAAGCAUAUAAUUAUGAACUUAAUGAUGCUUUGUUUUACUUUUUUACAAUGUUGGCAUAUUAAAAUGCAUGACAACUUUAA